AUGUCUGUAGUUUGGCUACCCAUUGAGGACCUUAAUUCUGAGCCGAAGAGGGCUAGAGUGGAGAUCCGACCGACGCUGAGUUUUUCGGACGAGGACAAGAUUGAAACCAUCCAGCCACACGAUAAUGCUUUGGUAGUCACUCUCAAGAUAGGAGGGCAUGAUGUAAAGAGGGUGAUGGUAGACAAGGGAAGUGGUGCAAAGAUUAUGUACCCUGACUUGUACAGAGGGCUAAACUUAAAGCCAGAGGAUCUGAUAACCUAUGAUUCACCUUUGAUAAGUUUUGAUGGGAAAGUUGUUAUCCCAAGGGGUCAGAUUAGAUUGCCCAUGCAGGCAAGUUCGGAGGUGGUAGAGGUAGAUUUUAUUGUGGUGGAUGCUUAUUCCCCCUACACUGCCAUUGUAGCAAGGCCUUGGCUCCAUGCUCUAGGGGUCAUUUCUUCAACUCUGCACUUGAAGGUGAAGUAUCCAUCAGAAGACCAGAUUGAAGAGCAUGUGGGCAGUCAAUCCAUGGCUAGGUAG